GAUCGGACCACAUCGGACGAACUCCACACGAACUGACAUAAGCAUAGAUAAAUUAAUUUAAUUUAUCUAUGCCAUGGACAUAAGUUUAAAUUUGACAUUGACAUUAGUGUAUGUUUAUAUUUUUGGAAUAUUUAUUUCCCGGUUAAUUUUAGAAGGCAAGAUGAAGAAUCUUAUCUUUGAUUUUUUGUCGUGAAAAGUUAUGGAAAAAAAUAACAAUGGAACGCGUUCAUUCCUCAAGCAUUGAUUCCGAAUUUGAUCUCUACAUAAAAACAAACAUCAAUUAUGUUAUUUCAGAAACAUGGAAUUUACGAGAUACACGGGAUGAAAUUUUUAGAUCGCGUGAAUUACUAAAGACUAUUGAGGAUAACUUAUUUCCAAAUAAUUACAAGUCUUUAGCUUUGGAAAAUGCAAAAUUCAUUUUUGAUAUUAUGAUUGAAGAUUUUGCAAGGUGGACAAUAAAGAAAGCAAUUUUGAAUAUCUUUGAUAACUGUCUUGAUAAUAUGACCGAACUUGAGAGAUAUAAUGUAUCAAAGAAUCUAUUGAGAAGAAAAACCGACUUAUAUUACCUUUACAAACUUAUAGAUCUCUUAGGCGUUUAUGGUGAUUAUGAUUUUCAAGUUUUAAUAAUUAAAAUAAUAUUUAGAACAUUCGAGACACAUAAGUAUGAGAUUACCGAGCUUAUUCCUGAAUCAGAAGAUCUUCAAAAUAAAUUUUUAGAGAUAACUAUGGAAAAUAUUGAUUGUUCUACUAGAACGUUUUUAAAUGGUUUAAAUCAAAUAAGCCAAAAGAUUUUCUCUGUAAAGUGUCAGACUAUUAGACUUGGAUCUAUUGAAUGUGUGGGAAAUAGUAGUGGUUUGUGGAUUGAUUUUAAUUUGAUUGAUAAAAUUGCUAGUUGGUAUGUAAAUAUUCAAGCAUUAUUAAGUGAAAAAGGCGAAGAAAUUAAUAAUAACAUUAGCAACUUAAUAUUACUUUUUCAGCGAGAUGUAGAAGUUGUAACAAUUAAGAGAAAUUUAUGUAAAACUAUUGUUGUAACAUUUACAUUGCACAAUUCUUGUGUAAGUUACUCUGAAAAUUAUCAGCAUAUAAUUGAUGGCGCAAAGACAUUAGAUAUUUUAUUGGAUUAUUCACCAGAAGCAGAAUAUCUUGUUCGUAACAUUUUUCCUACCAUAUACAGACAUAAAUUUAUGCACAAAUUCAAUAAAAGAAGAAAAUUGUCACUGGUAAAAAUGCCAAAAUAUGAUUUUGCAUGUAAUUCGAGUUCUUCUAAUUCUAUAUCAGAUACGAAUUCGAUUUCAGAAACACUUAUAUAUUGUGAGGACCAAUUUAGAAUGCAAAAUACUAUUUCAAAUUCUACUGCAUCAAUAAUUAAUAAACAUAACAUUUUAAAGGAUCGAGAUUUGAAUAUUAAGAUACUUUCAUGUGAUUCUGAAAAAUACAUCAAAUCAAAAAAUGAUUUACUUGACUCCGAAGGAAAUAAUGAACAUGAUAUUGAUGAGAUGGACGUUUUUUUUGAAUCUGAGGAACAACUUUUAUCAAUGGCACGAGAAUUUGAUGUCUUAAGAUCAGUUUUAAAUAGUGACACCAACAAAAAUAGUAGUAUAAAUAUUAGUCAAAUUAAGCCUCAAAAGCCACUUAUAGAAAAAGCAUCUAAUACUGCAUCUACUGGGCAAAAUGUAUUUACUAUUUUUAAUCGUUACAAUAGGAAUCAAAACGUAUCAAGCCUUUCAAACACUCCAAAAAUUACUAGUAUUGCGAGUUCUGUAUUUUUACCCAAGGUUCCAGUUACUACAAAAAUAGGAAAAGGUGAAAAAGCCAAAAAAAGAAACAGACAUACCUCUGUAGGCAGCAUUAAUAAUGGAGAUUCUUAUAAUUAUGACCUUAGCAAAAGUAAAUAUUUUUCCGCGACAAAAAUAAAAUCCAAUCAACUAUUAAAAUCAAAAGUUAAAAAAAACAAUAAACACAAAGUAGAGAAAUUCACCUGCACAGAUGUUUCCGAGUAUAAGCUUAAUAGAAAAAUUACAGAAAGAAACAAUAAAAUAAGUUUUCAAUUUCGUAAUAAGCUUUUAAAAGAAAAGCUAGACUGCAUAAAAAAUAAUUAUAAACCAAUAAAGUCAAUCCAGAAGAAAAAUACAAAACAAGAUUCUAUUCGUGAUGAUUCAAUUGCUUCUUCCGCAAAAUAUGAGAGUUCACCUGAUAAGUGUAGAGCAAUAGAUGAAGACGUAGAUUCAGUUAUAUCUUUUUCUUUAUUUAGAAAAAAUAAAAACCCUAAACCGAUUGCAGAUAGCUCUGAUACAGAAGUUGGUGCUGUUGGACAAAAUAUUUUAAAACCUCAUGUUAAAAUGACUCGUCUUAAUUUAUCAAAAAAUGCUUUAACAGAUAACUUAAAAGAUAAAUCAAUAUCAGAUCAUGAAAUUAGUAAUAAUAUAAAUAUCGAAGAUAAACCAAAUAAUUUAUGUUACGAAGAAUUGUCUGUCAAAAAUAUUGAUAUUCCAUAUUGUUCAGAAUUAAAAACUAAAAAUUUAGGAGCGAAUCUACCAUCAAGUGUAUCUGUUUGGUCAAAAAGUACCGCAGUUGGAAAUAUACUGUGUUCGAAAGACUUUGUUGGAAAGUACUUACUUAUAAUUUGUUACCAUAUUGAUAGUCCUACUAUAGAUCCAAUAUUACUUUCUGAAAUAACUCAGUUUAGUGAAAAAGUUGAAGAUUUUAAUAAAAUAGGAGCAGCUAUAUUAAUAUGUUUAGAUGGGCCAGACAUACACUUUUUGAAUUGGAAAAAUCAAUUUGAGAAUCAGGAGUUCCUACAAAAGUUAGAAGUUCCUCUAAUUUUUGAGUUUGAAGGGAAUUUUAUGUCUACCAAUUUUGGAGUUAACUUAAAGAACGUUCAUUCUGAAAUGAAAAUUUUAAUGUUAGUUAACAAUCGAGGGGAUGUUGAUUAUAAAAGUACGUUUUCCAUUUGCCAUGAAGUUAAUGUUGUGGACUCGUUAAAGUUAUUACGCCAUGUUCAAAUGUGUUCGACGAAGACAUAAUACAUUUUGAUGAGGUACUUUCAAAUUCCAAAGAAAGGCUGAUUUUUAUUAUUAUUUUAAUUAUGAUUUUAAGUUUAUAGUUAUACAUCAAACAUUUUUAUUGAAUAUUAUAUGCAUCUGUUACCUUUAUGAAUAUUUUUGUUGAGUUUAUGCCUUUCAUGUAAGUAUAUCUAUUGUUAUUUUGGAAUUAAAACAUGAAG